GCCUGAAUCACUACUCGACUCCGCCAAUUGUGAAGUCGAAUAAUUGUUUCCUCCUACAAGCUAGGAUGAACCAAUAAAUUUCACGCUCCUAGUCAGCAAGUUGACAGGCGCGUCAUCGCGCCCUACGGUUGACACAUUGACUUUCGAUCUCCAUAUCAUCAACGGAAUAAAUGGAGUGCUCCGUAAACGACCGCUUAAACGACCAACUUCAUCUUCCAUUCAUUCAUCCAUCGUAAUCGUCUCUUGGCUUAUUAUUCUUCGUUUAUAGUAAUAUUUCCAAUCAUCCAUUAUGUCCAAACUCCCUCUCAAGUCCCUCUCCCUCAUCCUCUCCCCCUACCACGUCGGCCUCCUUAACAAAGGCACCGGCGCCGGCCCAGCAUUCCUCAAAACCUCCGGUCUCGACUCCACACUCCGCUCCCUCGGCCUCCCCGUCCACGAAGUCCAAGUCGAGCCGGUCGACGACCACGAAGGCGAAAUCGGACGCAGCUUCGAGGUCAUCAGACGAACCGCGAUUCUAGUAGCGCAAGAGCGCCGCAGAGGCUCGUUCCCGAUCAUCCUCGCCGGGAACUGUAGUUCUGCGGUGGGCGUCGCGGCGGGACUUCACGCGUCGCGAGAGUCUGGAGAUGGGGGGUUGGGGUGCGUGUGGUUUGACGCGCACGAUGAUUUUAAUACGCCUGAUACCGUUAUGAGCGGGUACCUUGAUUCGAUGCCGAUCGCCAUGCUCGCGGGGCAGUGCUGGAAGGGUUUAUUGGGGACGGUUCCGGGACACGAGGCGAUGGACUUGGAGAGGUUGGUGCAUGUUGGUAUGAGGGACGUGAAUGACUUGGAGCGGGCCAGGGUGGAAGAGGCAGGGUUCGAUGUCAUCUGGGGCAGCACCGAGAAGAAGGUUGAUUUCGGUGCCCAGCUUGGGGUGGUGUUGCAGCGGAAGAAGCUUAGUUCUACGAUGAUUCACUUUGAUGUUGAUUCUUUGGAUACGUCCAUCGGACACGCGAACCGGUUUGCUGCGCCGGGGGGCCUGUUGAGGGAGGAUAUCAUUGGGUGCUUUGAGGGGAUUUCGGAGACGACUGAGCCGGUGUCUCUUACGGUGGCUUCUUUUGAUCCUUCGUAUGAGGGGGCUGGAAAUCUUGCGUCGGUUGCGGUUGAGGCGAUUAAGGUGUUUUUGCAGUCGUUGAUCAAAUCGGGGGUGCUAGCUAAGCCGUGAGC